CAGAAGUUUUGUUAUCUUGGGGUGUCCUGUCCAGCUUAUCUUAACAUAUCAAUGCCAUAUACUCGUGACAAGAAUGAUGGCAAAGUUGAUGCGAAUUUUCAUAUUGCAAGCACACAAAUGGUCACACUUGUAUGGAUCUGCUGACUAUCUGCAGCAGGUGUAUUUUCCAUCUAAUUAUAUAUUUAUAUAGUUAUCUGCGAAUUACUUUGCAUAUUAUUACGAACAGACAAAGUGACAAAUUAAAAUGAAAACCUUCAGUUGAAUUUAUAACAAAAUCUCGUAAGAACUUGGUGAAAAUAACUUUGCAAAAUGUCAAAUUUGGAGUACAUUAUUACCCGGCCUGGAAUUUUUAAAUUGACCACCGUUGUGUUAGGGAUUGUGUCCUUUACCUUGGCAUCUUAUUCAUACGCUGAUUCUCCUUAUACGGAAUUUUAUGGAAAUCAGACUCGACAGGGAGUCAAUACUUUACCAGGAACUGAACUCGAAUUGUACAAUCUGACCGUAUCCGGUGCUUUCCUUGGAAUAUCUAUCGCAUACCUCGUCUUGUAUGCAUUCAUCUAUGAGUUGUGUGAAAGUUCAAUAAACAGGAAGUUGGACACCGCUUAUCAUAUGGCGGGGGCAUUAUUAAUAUUUGCUGGUGCUUGUGUAAAAUUGUUCUCGGCCGUGGAAAUUGAAGACGAAGGUUGUUCUAUUUUUGAAGCAAUUUCGGCAGGACCAAUUCCAAGACAGAAGGUUCUUACAUCCCCAGAGUUUUUCUGUCACCAUUUUGGGGAGAAAAUAGUCAGCGCAGGAUUCGCUAUGAUAAACUCUGUACUUUAUGCUCUAACUGGUUUCAUAGUUUUCACGACCAAAGAUCUCUAACAUACCAAAGUAAUUUUUAUUGUGUAUGCUAAAGUCAAUAGUUGACUAUGGCUUGGCGUGGGAAUUGGUUGUAUUGAUUUUGACACGUAUUAUAGAUAGGAAAUAAACAUUUGAUGGGCUAAAUAAUAAAUUGAACGGAUGUUUAAGUUUACGAA